GUGACAAUGAGCUGGGAUUUGAAUCUAUGCAUGAAGCCAUCUGAGACACCAAUUGUUCCCUUUUUCUACUAUGUCUCUCCCCAGCCUGACCAGUUACCAUCGCCAUCCCUGCCUAUCGAACCAUGCGACGGCUUCUUCACCUUGCCAUUGGAGAUCCAUCAGAUGGUUUUUGAACUAUGCGAUCCUCCGACACUUUUUCCCCUCAUGCAUACAUGCUCUUAUACUCGACGGCAAUGCUCGAAUCUGUUCUGGAGGUCCCUGCGCAACGUCUGUUUUCAACUUGAGCCUAUGGACUCGGUAUGGGACGGGCAAUUCUGCCUAUUAUAUCACUGCCCCUCGUUCGCUUCCCACGUUACGCAGAUUGAUAUCAGCUUGAAUCUUGAUCAGAUGAGUUCAACCAAGGACGUAAGACAGGGGUUCUGGGACAGAAUCCGGGAGCUAUUCCCGUCAGUGAGCAAAGUGGUGUUGACUUGCCCAAAUCAUAUACCGAAUCUACUUGCUGGCGACAUUGUGACCCUACACGCUGCGAUGGCGUUAGUAUUUAAUCUUGCCCCGCCGGGUAUCACACCUCUCAUUACAUUAGAAGAGUUAGACACUACUGUCCUGUGGUCGAUCGAUAGUCAAGGGGACUGGCACGCCGCUGAAGACCCUUGGACCCCGUUACGGGUUUUGCUGCCCCCGAAGAAAUUACCCCCGGGCAUCCUGAGCGAUUUUAUACGCGCAUGGCAGAUUACAAGUCUGAUAUUCUGGGGGCAGUUAGGGCUCCGUUGGCUUCGAAGAGAGACAUAUGCGCGGUUUCCCACCAACGGCCAAAUAAUGUGUCCGGCUUACAACUGCGAUCAUACCUUUCGAGACCGCCAGUCGUGGCGGCGCCAUAUCUUUAGAUCCCUCCAUGAUCCUGUCAGGCUCUGGCACAGAGAAUAUCCUCUUUCGUGUGCCUGGGAUACUCCCGCUGAAGUGAAAACUAUUCUUGAUGCACGGCAGCAACGUAUUGAUCGUAUGUCGAAGGAGGCUAGGGCCUUGACAGCAGGACUUCGCCACCGGGCGGGUAGAGUUGAAACGACUCAGCAUAAAACAUUUAAGAGAGAACUGCGCGAUCAGAUGAUUCUUUACGGGUAUCUCAUACCUGGUAUGGAACUGAAACACUCGACGCUGUGGAACGAGGCUGAUGAGCUCUUCUAUGCCGACCAUUACGACCAUGAGCAAUGGGAGGAGAACAAUAUUGAUCCGGACGAUUUCAACGAGGAGGAUUAUUUCGAGGAGCAUUUUGAUGAGAAGGAUUUCUUAUGA